AGUUGUGAUGUCACUAAUCAUGCUAGUAGGCCCACCACUUAAACUCAGAUCAUCAGUGCACACAGAGAAACUUCAACAGCUGAAUGUGAAAACAGACUUCUAGUGUCAAACUCUGCACAGUGAAGCUCAGACAUCCAACUGAAGGAACAAGAAGAAAAACAAUGAAGGGAGACUUUGAUUUUUUAAACAUCCCCUGCUGCUCAUUUAAUCAACUCUCCACCUUCACAGUCAUCCUCACGCCAGCCUCUCUCUCCUCCUCCUCCUCUGCACACUCAGGUCAACUCUGUGGAAAGUGUGUGAGGAGCUUUUAAGCGGAAAAGUUACACUGAAUCAUCAGAAGGAAGCGUGUUUCUCCGCAAGUCCUGCUACUUUUGUUCAUACUGGCCCUGCACGGAUUUUCACUUUGCUGUCGACUGAAUUGACUGUGAACGACUGGUAAAUGGAGUCAUCUCUUGAGCUUUCCAACUCUCUGGGCAGCGUGUCCUCACUGCUGACCCGUUGCCGGAUCUUUAAGGUGCUUGUGAUUGGAGACUCCGGGGUGGGGAAGACCUGCCUCACGCACCGGCUCUGCGCCGGAGCCUUCCCCAGCAGAGUAGAGGCCACCAUCGGGGUGGACUUCCGCGAGAGACUGCUUGAUAUUGAUGGAGAGAAGAUUAAGCUCCAGCUGUGGGACACAGCAGGACAGGAGCGCUUCCGUAAGUCCAUGGUGCAGCACUACUACCGUAACGUCCACGCGGUGCUCUUCAUAUAUGAUGUCACCUGCCCUACCAGCUUCAACGACCUCGCUGCCUGGGUUGAAGAGUGCAGGCAGAACUCCAUCGGCCAGGAAAUCCCCAGGUUCCUGGUGGGGAAUAAGAGUGACCUCCGUGACCGUAACAGGGCUGAUGGCCAGGUGAGCCAAGAGCGGGCGAUGAGCUUUGCCAAGACCCACAGCAUGAUGUUUUUUGAGACGUCUGCCAAGAACCCGCCAAACAAACAUGUAAACGGACGACGAGGCGAUGGGCAGGCGCUGUAUCAGCAGGAUAAUGUUGAGGACAUAGUCAUUGCUGUUGGUGCCAAACUGAAGAGACAGAAGAAAGUCUUGGCAGCAAACGCUCCGGCGUACAGCGGUUCUUUUAAAGUCCCGAACAAAAAAAGACCAGAGAAAGAGCUGUGGACUUGCUGCUGAGAGAGACAGAGGGGCCUGUUGGCCUGUUCACUUGGAAGAAUGAGACUUUUUAGCUCCUUAUAUGAGAGUGUGAUUGUGUGACAGAGAAUAUAUUUGCAUAAUGUUCAACUUUGACCAAAGACGAGGAUCAGGAAUGCAGAAAUUUUACAUCUGAAAUACAGGUGCCACACAGAACUUUAAUAUUCAUACUCUUGAAUAUUGGACAUGUUCAUCUUAGAAAUCUUGUGUAUAACUGUGAUCCUAUUGUUUACAAUAGCUGCAAAAUAAAAGACUGUGAACGUAGACAUUA